GACCUACGUCAGGGCCUGAACAAGGGCUAUCCCACCACUGCCAUUCCUAAGACCACACGCCCGAGUCACCGCAAGGGCAUUCAAUCGACAAAAAACAAGUUCGUGCGGUCUGUCGUGCGGGAAGUUGCUGGCUUUGCGCCAUAUGAGCGUCGGGUACUUGAGUUGUUGAGAAAUGCCAAGGAUAAAAAGGCAAGAAAAUUGACGAAGAAAAGACUUGGUACACUCCUUCGUGCAAAGCGUAAAUUGGAGGAACUCGGUAACAUUAUCCAGGAGAGCAGGAGAGCGCAUUGA